CCACGAGAUGACCAUGACUAUGACCAUGACACAACCAUGGCCAUAAGGUGACAAAGAAAUGUCCAUGAGUAUGACCAUGACAUAACAAUGACUGUGAGAUGACCAUGGCCGUGGGGAAUUGUGACCAAGAAAUGACCACAACAUGACCAUGACCAUAACAUGAUCCUGACCAUGAGAUGACCAUGAGCAUGAGAUGAUUCUGACCAUGACACAAUCGCGGCCGUGAGAUGACCAUGAUACAAUUAUGGCCAUGAGCUGACCAUGAGCUGACCACGACCCGGCCAUGGUCUGGAGCUCCCCAGACCCCGUCACUGCCCUCACCUCCAGGCUCAUCCUUCACUUAAAUUGUUCAUUUCCCAUGGAAAAGACGGAAAUCUGAGCAGGGCGCAGCCAAUGGAGCGCCGGGAAAUCAGGGACGUCACAGGUUGCCAGGCAGAACAGAUUUCCCCUACCCGCCCUUGGCGCGGCAGCCAAUGGGAAACCGCGUGUUUGGUGACGUCACCGCGCUAAUGCGGAAGUGGCGAGCGCGGGGGCUGCCGGGAUCGGGGCGGCGGUCGCGGAUCGCGAUUGAUCCCGAUUGGCUCCGAUCGAUCCCGACUGAUCCCCAUCGAUUCCCAUCGAUCCCCAUCGGCUCCCAUCGAUCCGCGGCCCUUCCCCGCCGCGAUGUUCUUCACCUGCGGCCCCAACGAGGCCAUGGUGGUGUCGGGUUUCUGCCGCAGCCCCCCGGUGAUGGUGGCCGGGGGCCGGGUGUUGGUGAUCCCGUGCCUGCAGCAGAUCCAGCGGAUCUCCCUGAACACGCUGACGCUGCCCGUGCGUAGUGAGAAGGUUUACACCCGCCACGGGGUGCCCAUCUCCGUCACCGGCAUCGCACAGGUGAAGAUCCAGGGGCAGAACAAGGAGAUGCUGGCAGCUGCCUGCCAGAUGUUCCUGGGCAAGUCGGAGAGCGAGAUCGGCCAGAUCGCCCUGGAGACGCUGGAGGGCCACCAGCGCGCCAUCAUGGCCCACAUGACUGUGGAGGAGAUCUACAAGGACCGGCAGAAGUUCUCGGAUCAGGUUUUCCGCGUGGCCUCCUCUGACCUGGUGAACAUGGGCAUCUCCGUGGUCAGCUACACCCUCAAGGACGUGCACGACGAGCAGGAUUACCUGCGCUCCCUCGGGAAGGGCCGCACGGCGCAGGUGCAGCGCGACGCCCGCGUGGGAGAGGCCGAGGCCAAACGUGACGCCGGGAUCCGCGAGGCGCGGGCACGGCAGGAGCAGGUGUCGGCGCAGCUGCUGAGCGAGGAGGCCACGGCGCGAGCCCAGCGCGACUUCCAGGUGGCCCAGGCUGAGUGUGAUGGAGCCGUCAGCGCCCGCAGGGCCACGGCUGAGCUGGCCUUCCAGCUGCAGGCGGCACGUUCCCAGCAGGCCAUCGCGGCGCAGCGCGGGGAGGUGGCGCUGGUGGAGCGAGCGCAGCGGGUGCAGCUGCAGGAGCAGGAGGUCGGGCGGCGCCGCCAGGAGCUCGAGGCCACCGUGCGCAAACCGGCUGAGGCCGAGCGCUACCGGCUGGAGCGGCUGGCCGAGGCACAGCGGACGCAGGUGCUGCUGCAGGCGGAGGCCGAGGCCGAGGCCCUCAAGGUGACGGGUGCUGCCCGUGCCGCGGCCGUGGCCUCUCGUGCCCGCGCUGAGGCCGCGGCGGCUGCGGCCAAGGCCGAGGCCUUUGGGCAGUUCCAGGACGCGGCCGUGGUGGAUCUGGUGCUGCAGAGGCUGCCCCAGGUGGCCGAGGCGGUGGCGCAGCCGCUGCUGGGGACGCGCCGGGUGACGCUCGUGGGCGGCUCCGGGGCCGUCGGGGUGGCCAAAAUCCCCUCGGAAAUCCUGGAUUUGGUCACGCGGCUGCCAGGGGCCGUGGGGGCGCUGGCCAGGGGCUCCCAGGUGACCCCGACGGAGCCCGAGGGUGGCACCGGAGCCACUGAAACGUCUCAAAAUUCCCCCAAAGUGUCCCUGAGUGCCACCCCCCAGUGACACCAAAGUGUCCCCAAAUGCCACCACCCCCCAGAGCCACUGGGACCCUGCUGUGUCCCCAAAGUGCCACCCAAGUGCCACCACCCCCUGAUGCCACCGCAUCCCCAAAGUGCCACUGGUGGCUCCUGAGGCCACCAAGGUGCCACCAGCCCCAAAGUCCCUUUGUCCCCAGAAUGCCACCAUGCCUUGCAUGUCCCCAAAGUGCCACUGCUGCAGUGUCAGCAUGUCCCCAAAGUGUCCCCUAAAUGUCCCUGUGGUGCCACUGUCCCAAGGUGCCACCUUGUCUCUUAAGUGUCCCAGAAGUGCCACCACCCUCCGGUGUCACUUUGUCCCUGAAGUGCCACACCCAAAUGUCAUCGUGUCUCUGAAAUGUCCCCAAGGCGCCACCCCCAAAUGUCAGUACAUUCUCAAAGUGUCCCCAAGGUGCCACCACCGCCCCCAUGUCCUGUGUCCCCAGACUGCCACCACUGCAGUGUCACCCUGUCCCAAAUGUCCCCAAGGUGCCACCUUGUCCCCGAAGUGCCCCCACUGCAGUGCUGUGUCAAUAAAGUGUCCCCAAAGUGCCACUGCCCCCAGUGUCACCUUGUCAAUAAAGUGUCCCCAAGGUGCCACCACA